AUGAAUGUUGAGAAGCUGGUUAAUGCCCAUGAUGGUUUUUUUUCUCCAAAAAGUAAUGGAAAUUUAUUGAAGUGGACACAUCCCGGCGUUUUUAAAUAUUUCAAUGAUUCAACAAAAAAAACAAAGUACGAGAAAUCAGUUAACUGUAAUGCCGCUGCAUUGUUAUUUGACACCGAACGUGUAUACCACAUAAUAGAGGAAUGGGAAAAGUGCGCUCAUAUAAAAGAAUGCAUAGCACCAAAUGGCAGCAAUAGAACUAAUCAUAGGCAGGAUCAGGCUAUACUUACUUAUCUUAUGUUAAACAAUAAUAGGAGAUGUGGUGGUAACAUAAUAUCAUUUGGAAUGAGGACGCACAUGGAUGUAUAUUGCGCUCAGAUGAUAUGGGAAUACGAGGAAAUCUAUGGUGAAAUUUGGAGCCCAAGCGCUCAAGAUUUGAAAGAAAUGAAGGAAGUGAUAGAAAAUUCACCUAACCUUAUUAUUUAUGAUAUUUGGACUAAAAAUGGUAAAGACGCAAAUUUGGAAGAAAUUAAAAAAACCGGGAAUUAUUCUUUAAAGCUUGAGGAUGUUUUUCGAGAGGAAAAGGGGUAA